ACUGUGCAAGAUACCCACGGAGUCACGGUCACAGUUCCACGCUCUUUCUCAACCAGACCAGACGCCACGUAUCCCUAUCUAGUCAAGCCUGGAUCCGUGAACUUUCUUUCCCAUUCCCCAGAGUGCAUGAAGCUGUAUUAGAACCAGCUCCUGGGUUUUAUAACUACCACUUCACAUCAUCUCGCCGCGAAAGAGAAGCCGUGGCUUUAAUCUCUCCAAAAGCUGGACCCCACAUUGUCCGUUUUGACGCUGUACCAUUCACAGACCGGACAGCUUUGGAUUUACGCGGAUCACUCAGUCAGGAUACAACCACAUCAGGACAACGAUCCUUUGAGAUAUUGAUAUUAGCCAACAAAUCUGGAAGCAGUGAUCUUCCAUGUAAUCCCCCCUGAAGCUUACAAGAAGCCAACCGGGUGCUUCGGGACUUAUACACCAUCCUUUCAUACUUAACAAACACGUCUUAUCGGAGCCCAACCUCCCUCUUAUCUUGACUAAUCAUCUGUUGAUUCUACCAGUGUCUUCUGUUUGCGCGGACCAAGUUUGCACUACUACCUCAAGAGGAUCUACUUGAGCUCAACCAAAGUGGAAUAACGGGAAGCCUAUUUGUUUUCGUGGACUUCAAUUGAAAUAUAUACCCUGAAGACAGACAGAGUAGCUACUUCACGAGAAAGAGACGGUUUACACAACUUGAACCUGGAGCAAGUACCAAGGAUAUACUUAAGGACUUAUUAACUGGAAGACAGCAAGGGAUGUCUUGAUAACAGCAUCUGCUCAACACACUGACAACUCGACAUUACCAGUACAAGAACAGUUUUUCUUGAGACUAAUAGACAGAACAAGUGAAGACAACAAAAUGGGUCUGACAUCUAAAAUCCUCUUGGUUUUGGCCUUCAUUGGGUCCGUCUCAAGUUUGUUUGCCCAACCAGCCGCGCAAGCCGCGCAGCAAGCUGGCCAACAAGACUACUAUGACAGACGACGUACGUCCAGGUUAGGAAGCUUAGCAAGCACCGCAUCACCUACAGAAGAGGACCCACAGGAACAGUGUGUGCAGUGCUGUCAAGGACCGGGAGGCACCAUGGGAAUGCCAGGGCCUAACGGGCCCUCAGGAUCGGCAGGUGCUCCAGGGAUCCCUGGUGUACCCGGGAACCACGGCAUCAACGGUCACGAUGGGAAUCCUGGUUUACAGGGAGCCAAGGGAGACAGUGGUCCUCAGGGUCUUCCAGGUCUCAAAGGUGCUUCAGGUACCAACGGACGGCCAGGAAUCCCUGGACUCACGGGUAGGGUUGGUCCACGUGGACCUCCUGGAUCUGGGAACGGAGAGCCAACAGUCACCAGGAGUGCCUUCUCCGCUGCCCGCACCACGACGCUGACAGCCCCUCCCGCAUCCGACAUCAUCAUCACCUUUGAGCAUGUCUUCACCAACUUUGGAAACCACUUUGACGCCUACUCUGGAAUCUACAUGGCACCUGUCCCAGGCGCGUACUACUUCAUUUUCAAUAUCCACAUGGCAUCCACGCACAAGAAUCCCUACGUGAAGCUCAUGCUGAACGGCAAGAUGCAGGUUGCAGUUCACGAUUACGACAACAGGGACGCUUUUGAUUCGACGACAAACAGUGUGAUUCUUGAGCUGCAGACGUCGGACCGGGUGUGGUUACAACUCGAUGCGGAUAAUGAAGUAAGCAGCAAUAGCAACAGAUACACAACGUUUUCAGGGUACAUGAUAUUCAAGUUAUAAAACUAAAAGACAUGACAAUAGGAACAUGUGAUGACAGAGAGGCUACUGCAGAAAAGUGGUGAUUGGUAUUUAAUGACACUGUAUUGGUACUUUGCACUUUCAAAGGUGAAAUGAACAGUGGAAUGCCAUAUAAUUUGCCAAAAGUUGCCUCUUAGAGUGACGAGGAAAAUGAUUGGAGUAGCAUUUGAUCGCCAGGAGGUAAUUUCACCUCACAUAUCAUGAGAUAUUCAAUGUUGAUGUCACUAUACAUGUUUUUUUUCAGCAUGUGUUCGCCUGAGUAUCAAUCGUUCAUACGUGUACCUGUCUCGCCUACUGUUAUACAGGUUAAGUUAAUUAAAGUGAAAACAAGUUUCAAGAAAUGUGUUUAUCCUUGAAUGUUCAUUAGUUGCCAUGGCAAUAUUUAGUCACAUAUAAUAAUAAUACCAUAUUCCUAAUAAGGUAAGUUGGGACUACAUGUACUUCACAAGAGAAAAAUAUGAGGAUGAGAAUCUUCCAAAUUCAAAACAAAAUUUGAAAAAAGAAAACAAAUACUUGAAUAUGUUUCAAAUAACACAUACAUGUAGCCCCACUACAAUAACUGGUAAACACUUUAACCUACACUGCACCUUACAGUGUGAACUACUCAAUUAUGUUCAAAUUUCUGUCCACUAAACUCCAACACCACAAAUUCAUUCUCCAUACCUAUACCUUCCUAUUUUGUGGUUUUAAAAUGUUUGAAUUACAAAGAACUGUCAUAACAUGAUAUCACUUUUAUAGAAAUUUCCCCCUUUGUCGUCGGUGCUAUAUUUUGGUAAAGCGAACCCCACAUACCAAAAGGUGGUUUUCACUGCUGAACUUUGUUGGCUUAGCCAGCAGAAGCACUACAAAAGCUUCCACUACUAACUCUUGAAGUUACAUGUACUACAACAACACCCUUUUCUUUUUCUUUUUGGGGUGAAUGUGAAGGAGUCCAAAGAA